UUCCUACUUUCCAAAGUACCUGUCGUGUCUAUGAGUCCGUUAUAGAUACAGCCUGAGUCGUUUGUUCAAUUCCGACUAUGAACAAACCGCCAUGGACGACUUCCUCACCCCGGUCUCCACCACCAAGGUGAAGCGGUCCGGCGACACCGGGCCGCUUAUUCAAGAGUCUCAUACCUCGAAUACGAAAUCUAAAUACACUACGAUAGACUCGCCCGACUCAGCCAUGGAGGCUUUCAGAGGCCAGCCGGAUCUAGCAACCGUCAGAAGGGUUGUACAAUACCUUGCCACCGAAUCCAACACCAAGGAUGGCUUCAACCUCCUCAUACCCGAUCCUGUGUCUGCCAAUAUCGCAUAUCAGCUCGUCAACACAACGAUUCCGGAUUACUGGAGGACCUUGAAAGAAAAUGGGAUCGAAAGACAGCACAUCAUAAGAUGUCUACAAAAUCCCUGUGGCAUUGGAGCAGUUAUCACUCGCCUGCGUCCCCUGAUCGCAGACUGCCGUCAGAAGAAGCCAGUUGGCAACAUAAGGGACGCAUCGUCUCAUAUUGAGGACCUUCUAGAAGUUCUGGAGCGAAUACUUCACGGAGAUCGCUCGCCAAGCCAGGUUUGGAGCGAUAUCCAAACUCAUGCGAAGAAUUCAGUCCAAAGCAGGAUGAUGUGGAAAGAGUUCGUUACGCAGGUUGCUUCUGGAAGAAUAUUGUCGCUUGUGGCUGAGGCGGAGGAUGUGCUUAAGGAAAGGGAGGGGUCGAGAACAGCUUCAUGGCUUGCUGAUGGCAACGAAUACGGAAAUUGGUUGGGCCAGAACAUCGCUGCGUUCAUGAACAAUUGUGACAAGACAGAUGCGUCUGUUGCGGCUGUGGUCGAGCUCUGCAGUAAAACGUUGACGUUGGGCUAUACCGAUCGUAUCGUCAAUGCCAUGCUAUUGGUUCUUAUUGACACGGAAUCAAUCAACGCGUUUGAGUUCUUUCUGUCGAAGAUGAAAGCUUUCGAGCAGCGAAAGUAUAUCAACUCCGCCAUUACAGUCCUCGCGAAGCAGUACUUCGCAUCAGCUGUAGAGAGCAAAGAGGAUGCCUUUAUCAAGCCUUCGUUGAUCGUGUCCGGUGUUGCUACUUUCAUUCACAUUCUGAUCAAAAACAACGAGCUGUUGAGAGAGCACCUCGUCUCAACCAUGACCAAGGCUACUAUUCCAUCCUUGGAUGAUUCGCUUGCUGCCCGCCGGAGUGUUAUUGCUGCAAUAGCUCAGGAUGAAGAUAAUCUCCAGACCCUCCUCGAAAAUAGUCUGAAGCUGUUCGGUGAUUCAUUCUACAUCAAGCACACCCCUAUUUUGCAGCAGGAAGCGAUUGCUCAAACUCUCGUCAUAACUUGUGGCUACGUCCAACGCUCUCAGCCUAUGUUCCUAACCAUGAUGGCGAAGUCAAGCUAUCAUGUUACCGGCAUGUCAAAUCGCAUAGGCGCAAGUUCGCCUAGAGCCCGCUUCCUGGGCAUCGCAGUUGGCACUGCUAUCUCGAAAAUGGUCGACAACCCCGAGUUGCAGCUCAAAUUCGAUCUGGAUGGAAACGAGGCUAUUGAGGCGAAGUGGUAUCAGCGUCUCACGGAGAUCAAUGACAAGCUGGGAAACAUUGAGGCCUUAAGAACGAGAGACAAGCCGAACAUGCCGAAGCGCCGGGAGCCGACAGCGGAGAUGGUUUCGAGAUCAAAGCCGCCGGCAACCAAGAAAGCUAGAGCCAGGCCAUCCAAAGCAGCAGCCAUUACAGAAAUCAAGGGUCCCCGCAUCAUCGAGGUCUUCUCCGACUCAGAAGAAGAUGAAGACGCCGACCUGGUUCCCUACUCGAAGCCCGACUCCGACCCAGAAGACGACACCGACGAUCCCACGGAAAUCAAUCGCAACAAACCCACCGCCCCAGUCUACAUCCGCGACCUCAUCGUCGGCCUGCGCGACCAAGAAAACUACGACCGCCACGCCCUCGCGCUCUCCACCGCCGCGCCCCUCAUCCGCCGCAAAGCAAACUUCGGCACUGAAGUAACGGACCACAUCGAAGAGCUAGCUACCAUCCUGGUAGGCCUACAAGAUAACCUGGAGCUGGAGGGUUUUGCAGAGCAGAGGCAGCAAGCACUCAUUGCCGUCCUGCUCGCCAAACCCGCGCCUAUGGCGCAAUGGUUCGCCCGCGCUUUCUUCUCCGGCGACUACAGCCUCACACAGCGCACCGCCAUCCUCACCACCCUCGGUCUCGGCGCGCGAGAACUCGCCGGCCUAAAGGACUCCUCGACCGAGGACCUCAUCCCACCAACCCCCUCCUUCCCCAGCAAACAACUCCCACCGCACCUCCACGCUCUCUACUCUUCCCCCUCACCCACGAACGAACCACUAGCAAAGAUAACAAGCUCCCUCUCCAAACAACUCCUCUCCCCCCUCGCCGCCCAAGCCGCCGACCAACUCACCGGCCCCAACAUCCUCAAAAUGCGCACCUUCUCCUCCCGCAUGGCCGUUGAGUCGCGCCGCCAGAAACCCAUCCCCAACGCCCUCGCCCAGAUCGUCGCCGACAACUUUUUCUUCCCGCUCACGGGCCGCUGGUGGAUCCAAAUGCGCGCGUCGAACCCGGCAGACUCCAUCUACACUUCCACGCACCUCCUUCCCGCCUUUCUCCACACCCUCGCUCUCCUCAUGCAGGCCUCUGGGCCCAACACGCUCGCGCUCCCGCAGAUGACGCGCGAGCUCUGGGAUUUGUUGCUGUCUGUGCGCUCGCUUGCGCUGAGUGAUAAACCGAUACUGGGGGCGUUGUUGUUUGCGUUCCUGAUGUUGCUGGAGACUAAUGAGGAUAAGGAGCGGUUGGCGACGGAGCAAGGCAAGGAACUGCUGGAGACGCAGGAGUGGGUCAGGAUGGUGUUUGAGGGGUUGCCGGCAGGGGAGGAAGGGGGCGAGGAUGAGAGGGUGAGGGUUUUGGCGGCGGGCGUGGUGGUUAGAGCCCAGGAGUUGGUGGAGAGGUAUCAGAGGAGGUUGGUGGGAGACUUGAUGGAUUACUGAUUGUGGACUGGUGGGAUCCUUUUUCAUCUUGGGGAAACUGUGAUUAGUUGGGAAGGCGAAUCACGCAGAGUCGGCACUAUCGUUUCGAAAUUAGAGAAAGCGUUGUGUUGACUGAUACAUCUGAUAUGUACAUAUGCUACAAUGCCUGCCCAACCCGCUGGCUCAAGCAACCUGAGGCACAACCUGAGGGGCAUCCUUCUGUCUAUAUUUCUUUUCCAUAGCGUCCUCCUUCCCAAACGGUUUGUCAUCUCCAUCCAAAACCCUCCUAACCUGUAAGUGAGCCUCUGCGCCAUGCAUCCCCACAAUCUUCAGCCUCUUCUCCAGCGGUCCCCACACUUUCACCGGCGGCGCCUCCCCCCUG